AUGGAAACGUUUAAGCCCCCGAGUGCAUUGAAUUUGAUGGGAAACUUGCGAGAGAACUGGAGGCGAUGGAUUCAGCGAUUCGAGUUGUUUUUGACCGCGUCAGGGAAAGUCAAAGAAACGGAAAAAGUCCAGUGUGCAAUUUUACUUCAUCUCAUCGGUGAUGAAGCCCUCAAAAUCUACAACACGUUUACGUUUGGCGAGGGUCGUGAUAAGUUCAGCGUGUUGAAGAAGAAAUUUGAAGAUUAUGUGAAUCCUAGAAAGAAUACUGUAUUUGAACGAUAUAAAUUCUGGGAAUGCAAACAACAAGAAGGCGAAACAAUCGACCAAUUUAUAACGGAGUUGAAAACACAAGCUAAGUCAUGUGAAUUUGGUGAUCAAACGGACAGCAUGAUUCGAGAUCGUAUAGUAUUUGGGGUGAGUGAUAUUCGAUUAAAAGAACGAUUGCUUUGUGAAUCGUCUGAACUCACUCUUGAAAAAGCUGCAA